AUGACCUCCUACAUCCCCCACUUGACGCUGCCUUCGUUCAUCUUUGAAAAGCCGGCCGUCUCCGUCCUGCUGCCCGUCGCACUCGGAACUGCUGUUGGCUACUCGACCAGACCCAAGGAGACGCAAAAGACCUAUCUCGCCCUGCGUCAGCCUCCCCUUAGACCUCCUCCAUGGGUCUUCGGCCCGGUAUGGACCAUGUUGUACGGAGCCAUGGGAUACGCCGCUUUCCGCGCCUGGUCGACUGCCAUGAACUCGUUUGAUGCAAAGAAGGUUCUUCUUGCAAAGGUACUUGCAGCCCGAAUCCAAGUCCGUACCCAUACUCAUUCCGUCACANNGCAAGGCGCAACCCUCUACACAAUCCAACUCGCUCUUAACCUCAUCUGGAUGCCCCUCUUCUUCUCCCUGAAGCGCCCGGUUGCUGCCACCGUCGACAUUGUUGCCCUCACCGGCGUCACCGGAUACCUUGCCUACAUUUGGGGCCAAGUUGACGAGGUUGCUGCAUGGACUCUUGCUCCCUACCUCGGCUGGCUUGGCUUUGCAACCUACCUGUCAGCGGGUUGCGGCUACUUGAACAACUGGGACUUUGCGAGCAAGGAGCGUCCGAUAGCGGACAAGCCAAAGGACACCAAGUUUGUCGAUGAGAAGAGAGAGUAG